AUGCACCAGAAUACUUAUCAUGACAAAGCUACUCAAACUGAGGACAAAAAUGAACAUACAAUUGAAGAGCUAUUCAAAGCCAUUACUACACUUUGUACCAAAGUGUACAGAAUGGAUAAUGAGAUACAAAAGCUACAGACUAAUGAAGAUAACCUGAAGUCUAAAGCUAAUAUAAGUCAGCAGCAUGACUGUAAAAAUGCAGAGCUACGUCGUUCGGCAGACGGAAAACAGCCAGAGAUAAAAGGAGACGUUGGCAAACUUCUUAAAACCCAUAACGUUGCUAAUGUUGCAGGUACAAGCACAUGA